AUGGCCCUUUUACAGACUUCACUAAUCUGGAUCGUCUAUGCGGUGGUAGUAGCUAUCCUACUAGCCGUGGCAUCCGUGUUUAUCUAUGUCUAUCAAACCCCCCGUGACCGCUCGCCUUCGGUCACCUUGACUUGCAUCAUUUCAAUUACUUCUCUUUUAGCAACGGUACUUUUGCUGCCAGUGGAUGUCGCCCUAGUGUCAUCGACCACCUCGUCCAAGCUAGGUCAGCGGAAGGACUGGGCAACGCAAGAUGUUGUCGACAGAAUUACCUAUUCUUUGACCAUCAUUUACUAUCUCCUCUACUCUCUGGAUGCUCUUCUCUGUCUUCUGGUCAUCCCAUUUACGUACUUCUGGUACGAAGAAUAUGAUGAGGUCGCAACUGAAACGGGAGAGCAAACAGUGGGCCAGCGGAUUUGGGGUGCCCUGAAAUACACCCUAUCAUUCGUUGUUAUCGUUGUGAUUCUCUUCCUGGUUGGAUUCUUCGUUCCAGUAUCACGGGGAAAGAGUGAUAUAGACCUGGAUUACUUCAGGCGCCUUCUGGCCGAGAACCGUAAGUACUGGUCCCUCCUGGCAUUGGGGACUGCAAAACUGACAUAUUUCUAUGAAGAUGGCGAGCGUGCUCUGACUUUUGCUCUGGGGUUGCUGAUGACGAUUGGACUCGGUCUCUAUGUCUUAUACACUUCGGCAGGAUUGGCUCUCCUUCCAAUCAGCUUGAUCAAGACUGCGCCAUCAAUUUCUAGUGCUACCCUGCGAGCGAGUACCGAACAGCAACUCGAGUCAAACCGAGAGCGGCAACGACAGCUCGAAGGGCGAUGCGCCGGGGACCCCGAGCUUCUGUCUUCCAAAGACCGUCGUGAACUAGAUACAUUGACGCGAGAGGAAAGGACCCUGAGUCGACGCCAACGUUUAGCUGAGGAAUCUCAAGGCGAGGGGCGGAGCUGGUUGAUGAAGGUAUGGUACAAGGUUGGCGCGAUCCUUCGUCCAUUCAAGCUCCUAGGAGGCAUCCUGCUGCUCUUCGUUGCAUUCAUAACAUGGGUAUCCAUGCUCUUGACCUCAAUUGACAAGGCAAAGAACUCAAUCUGCAAGCACCGCUGUGGAUAUAUUCUUGCACACGUCAAUAUCUUCAAUCCUGUCAACUGGGCGCUUGUUCAGUCUGCCAAGGUCUUCCCCAUUGACUAUGCUAUAUUCACCGUGCUUGUGUUGCUGUUCUUCUGCAGUUCCGUUGUUGGUAUUGCUGUGGUAGGAAUCCGCUUCCUUUGGAUCAGAAUCUUCCAAAUUCGCAAUGGACACACAUCUCCUCAGGCACUGCUUUUAGCAACUGCCAUGUUGAUGUUAAUCAUCCUGGCUCUCAACUAUUCUAUUUCGAUGAUAGUUGCACCUCAGUACGCCACUUUCGGUCCACAAACAUUCUGCGAUCGUUCUCCUGGGUUGUUCCUGGGGCAGCCGGAUUGCUCAGACAACAAAGAACUCAUCAAGCCAUGCUCUGAAUUAGCGAAGAACCCUGCCGCACAGCAAAUCUGUACUCCCAGCGUUGUGAGCACUUUUCUUAAUCGGGUCACUCUAAACUAUCCUUUCUUUGGAGUCGUGUUCUUUUGGGCCCAGUUUAUCUUCCUAGGCUUGUAUCUUAUUGUUUUCGUCACCUCCCUGCUUCGCUCCCCGAAACUGGAUGAGAGACAGCUCGAUGAAGACGCCGAGGAGGCUGAAGAGGAAGGCCUACUGGCCAAUACUGGCAGACGCUUCAAUGCCAGUUGGCAAGACAUCACAGGCAGAGCUGCUAGGAGCGAACACUCCUCUGGCUAA